AUGCUCGCCUCUAUCGUUCCUGUAUCGCUGCUCACUGUGAUCGGCAUACUACUAUCUGAUGCGCUAGCUCAGGAUCCGGACGGUUGGUACAAGACAAAUCCUGCUAUGGCACGUAUCAAUCGUGUGGACCAAAAUACGCAUCAGCUCAUCGACGAAUUCGGCCGCACCCGGUUCUUCCACGGAACGAACGUUGUGAUGAAAGAGCCGCCAUGGCAUCGUCCGUUUGAGUGGAUACCUGGGGUCUCGUCAUUUGGAGAGCAAGAUGUUCAAAACCUGCAUGAUCUGGGUGUAAACAUCGUGCGACUGGGUCACAGCUGGGCCGGCGCUGAGCCUGUACGAGGAUCAUACAACCAGACAUUUCUUGAUAUUAUGAAGAAGCAGACCAAGAUUGCUGAGGACCGGGGUAUCUAUGUUCUAGUGGAUGUACACCAGGACUGUCUCUCACGGCAGUUUUGUGGACAUGGCGUACCAGAUUGGUUUGUGAAGGAAAAUUGGGUACCGAGCACCAAGAGAUAUCCACUUCCUCUCAAGCCAACUUCAUUUCCUGUGAAUGAAAAUGGCUUUCCAACGCCACAGUCACUUUGCGAUACUGUCGACUGGUCUUUAAGUUAUACAUCUGUGGCGGUUGGUAAUGCAUUUGGGCGGUUAUAUAACGACUACGACGGGCUGGGAAAUGCGUUUGCGGCGUUCUGGAAAAGGCUAGCGUCAGGAUAUAACGAGGCAACGAACGUGGUAGGCUAUAACCUGUUGAAUGAGCCGUGGGUAGGCGACACAUGGGCAAAUCCGACAUUGUUGGUACCAGGUGUUGCUGACCAUAAGGUCUUAGAGGGGCUUUGGAAUCGAGCGGCUCAGCAGAUUCGUACCGUGGACAAUGACACGCUGAUAUGGUUUGAAGGGGCCACCCUGGACGUUUUAUCUGGUUUCGAGAAUGUCCCUCUCGGUGACGGCUCGAAGUCAGUGCAUUCAUUUCAUUAUUAUAGCCCGCCGCAGCUGGGCUCUAUUUCUCAGACGCUCAAUAACCGCCAUAAGGAUAAUGAGCGUCUUAGGACCGCAGGUGUUCUGACCGAGCUUACAUUCUGGAUGGGCAAUGAGAAGCAGAUGCAGGAUCUGACAGAUGCCAUGGCAGCAACCGAUGCAAGCAUGGUUUCUUGGAUUGGCUGGGCCUACGAGAACCUGUACAAUGGCACAUCUGGCCGUCCUUAUCCUGAACUGGCAAAGCACUAUAGCCGUGCAUAUCCCGCCGCUGUCGCAGGAAAUCCCACUAGGUUCAGCUUUUCCGAAAGCUCUGGAAAUUUUAAUCUACAGUUCACAUCUGAUCCCAGUAUUUCUGCACCCACUGAGAUUAUUCUUCCCCCGUCCACCUUCCCCAAUGGAUACGAUGUUCAUGUCUCUCCCGAGGGCAGCCUACUACAGUACGCAUUCGACAAACGUACCUUGGCCCUUUUCCACCCCCGGAUAUCAUGA